AUGAAUACACGUAAUGGCUCUAAUAUUUCAGGUCGUUUUUGUGAGGAAGAUAUUGAUGAAUGUGAAUUAGGUUUACAUAAAUGCAAGAAUGGUGCAACUUGUUUCAAUAAAAAAGAAGGUUAUCAUUGUGUUUGUGUAAAUGGUUGGGAAGGUGUUCAUUGUGAGAUAAAUAGAGAUGAUUGUGUGGAUGCACUUUGUGAAGCAGGUAGCACAUGCGUGGAUCAUCUUGCCAAAUAUACCUGUGAAUGUCCAUCUGGUCGUAUCGGAUUAUUUUGCCAUAUGGAAGAUCCAUGUUUAUCAAAUCCAUGUCGAGUUGGAUCCAUAUGCGAACCGGAUACAUCAAGUGGGAAAUAUACAUGUGAAUGCCCGAAAGGAUACACUGGAGAGGAUUGUUCCAAUGAUAUUAACGAAUGCAAUCAGGGUCAUGCUGUUUGUUACAAUGGUGGUACCUGUGUGAAUACACCUGGAUCAUUUCACUGUGAAUGCCCAUCGGGUUACACUGAUUGGCACUGUCAAACUCAUGUGAAUCAAUGCUCUUCUAAUCCAUGCCUUAAUUCUGGUACAUGUUUGGAUUACGGAACACGCUUUAAAUGCGUUUGUAUGUCAGGUUUUCAUGGAGAACGAUGUGAACUUCAUUGUCCUCCUGGUUAUGAAGGUGAAAACUGUGAACGUCGACAAUUUGUGGAAUGUAGUAUGACUGAUUGCUUAAAUGGUGGUGUUUGUUCGAAAGGUUCAUGCCGCUGUCCACCGGGAUUUACUGGUGAUCGUUGUGAGAAGAAAUCAGAUCCGUGCAAAUAUCAUAACUGUCCUCAAAAUGCUAUUUGUAUUCCAAUCAAUAAUGAGGCUACCUAUAAAUGCGAAUGUAAAUUGGGUUUUUAUGGACAUGAUUGUAAACUAGAAAUGAAUGAAUGCGCAUCAAAUCCAUGUCAGCAUGGUGGCGUUUGUACUGAUCACUUGAAUGGUUACGUUUGUUCAUGUAGUACCGGUUAUACCGGUGAACAAUGCCAAACGAAUAUUGAUGAUUGUAUAAAUCAUCCAUGUUUACAUGGUGGUACUUGCAUUGAUGGUAUUAAUUCAUAUUCAUGUCACUGUGCAUUACCAUAUGAUGGUGAUCGAUGUCAAUAUGAGUUAGAUCCAUGCCGAACAAAUCGCUGCGAGAAUGGCGCAAUCUGUAAACCAACGCCAACUUAUCGGAAUUAUACAUGCAGUUGUACGAACGGUUUUGAUGGAUAUUAUUGUGAUAUGGAUAUUGAUGAUUGCGAGGUAAAUAAUCCUUGCCUCAAUGGUGGUACAUGUACAAAUACAUUUGGCUCAUAUCAAUGUCAUUGCUCGGAUGGAUAUACUGGUAGAAAUUGCGAAAAUGAUCGGGAUGAUUGCUUACCAAAUCCAUGUUUAAAUGGUGGUCAUUGUAUGGAUGAACUAAAUGGGUACCAUUGCGAAUGUUUGGCCGGUUUUACGGGUCGUCAAUGUGCCACGAAUAUCGAUGAAUGUGAAUCGUCACCGUGUGAAAAUGGUGCAUCUUGUAUCGAUCAUGUGAACGGUUUCGAAUGUGUAUGUCGUCGUGGUUUUAGUGGUACCUUUUGUCAAACCAACGAUGAUGACUGUCAACCGGGAUUGUGUCUAAAUGGUGGAACUUGCGUGGAUGGUGUUAACUCAUAUCGUUGUCGAUGUCAACGUGGAUUUACCGGGAAAAAUUGUCAACUUCAAAUUGAUUUGGAACAAUUCAAUGUGACUGAUCUAUUGGAGCAUGAACUAUGUGCCAAGCAUGAUUGCGCAGCAAAGGCUGGUAACAAAGUAUGUGAUCAGGUUUGCAACUAUUAUGCAUGUGAUUAUGAUAACGGAGAUUGCAGUGCUGGUACGAAACCGUUUGAAAAAUGCGAAUCAUCAAGUUAUUGUGCUCAUGUUUUCAGAGACGGAAAAUGCGAUCCGGUAUGCAACAAUCAGGAAUGUCUAUUCGAUGGAUUCGAUUGUGAUAGUAUUCCGGAACAGUGUCCAAAAAAUGAUUACUGUACGGCACACUAUGCCGAUGGACAAUGUGAUCGCGAAUGCAAUGUUAUCGGUUGUGGAUGGGAUGGUGGUGAUUGUGAUUCUUUUAAUGUUGAAACACCGUUAGCUGGAAAUAUCAUAGUGGUGCUUUUGAUCAGUCCAGAAGAAUUUUUACAUAAUGCGCAAACAUUCCUCUUUACACUGAGUCAAAAGUUACGCGGUGCCGUACAUAUUCGAAUGACAGAUGGCAAACCAAUGAUCUAUUCGUGGACUUCAGAAGAUGGUAUUGGACAAUUAUACGAUGUACCAUCAGAAAAACGUCAUUUGCUUGUCGCUAAUUUCCAACGAAUCAAAAGAGAAAGUCAAUUACGUGGCACAAUGGUAAUGCUUACGGUUGACAUGUCGUAUUGUCGUAAAAUUGAUCGUGAAGAAUGUUUUUCGGAUCUCUUUAGUGUCGUUGAUUAUUUGGGUGCAGCUAACGCUAAACAGGAAUUACAAGAACUUGGUAUGCCAAUGCAUUCAGCUCGAGUUGAAUUAGAUAAUGUUAAACAGAAUAAAGGCAUCUCUUGGCAAACCUUACUUAUUUGUCUGUUAAUUUUUAUCACAACAGUACUAACUGCCUAUUCUAUGAUUCAACAAGGACGAAAACGGAAAACUCUUCAUGCUCGGAUAUGGCAUCCACCACCAUCCGAAAGCUGCAAAUCAUCAACUGGAAAUUUGGACACUUACAGCAUCCACAGUGGAUAUUUGUUCAGUAAUUAUAGUACAGCAAAACGCACUCGUGUUGAUAAUGUUCCUGUUGGUAUUGCUCAUCCGAAUUUGUACAUUGGAGAAGAUACACAAUCAUUCCUGAAACCGAAAACGUUAGGUACCGAUGAACGACAAUGGACACAUUUGCAUGAAGCUGCUGAUUCGACAUUACCCAUAUCUUUACCGAUAGAACCUUUAUUGGUAAAUGUACGUGGGAAACAUGGACGUACAGCUAUGAUGCAAACAGCAUCUAAUCAAGCAAAAAAUGAAGAAGCAUCUUGCGUGGAUAUUCGUAAUUUAUUAGAAGCUGGAGCAGAAAUUGAUGCACAAGAUGAUAGCGAAGAUACAGCUUUAAUGCUUGCGGUAAAGAGUGGUCGAACAACAGUUGUAGAAUGUUUGCUGAAAAAUGGAGCUGAUCCGACAUUAGUUGAUGAGAAGGAUCGUACUCCAUUACAUCAUGCUGUUGCUGUGAAUAUUCCAAAUAUAGUACAAUUAUUGCUCGAUACACGGCAAGUUAAUGUGGAUGCAUUAGAUGAAGAUAAUCGAACACCGCUAAUCAUUUGCUCCAAAUUUGAUAUACGUAUGGGUACUGAAAUAGCCGAAAUGCUUUUGAAAGCAAAAGCAGAUGUAGCAUGCGCUGGUGAUAAAGGUUCGACGAAAUACGAUGGAAGAACAGCGUUACAUUUCGCUUCACAACAUGCUAAUUUAGAUAUAAUCCGACUUCUGAUUCAGAAUGGUGCUAACAAGGAUGCGCAAGAUUCAUUGGACCAAACACCAUUAUUUUUGGCAGCAUCUGAAGGACAUCUUGAUGCUGUAGAAUGCCUGAUCAAUCUUGGUGCUAGCAAAGAAAUUACGGAUCAGAAGGAACGAUCACCACGUGAUGUUGCUGCAGAAAAGGAAUUUCGAGAUAUUGUCCAUUACCUUGAUACAAUACCUACACCGAGAAUUUUACCAUCAAAUAUGGCUGCAAGUUUAGCCCUUUCAGCACAUCAUCGUUUUAAGAAAUCAUUCAAAAAAACAACGAGGCCAAUCAUCAAAAAGAAUCCAUCACCAACUUAUCCUUCGACAGUAGCAGCAGUAACAGCGCAGUCAACAGCUGCAGCAAAUCCACUUACUCCACCGAAUUCUGAUGGUUCCAACUACUCGACGACACCAUCACCACAUGAUACAACAGCAACAGUUCACGGUGUUGCAGCAGCAAUACGUGGAACUACUGUAACUCAAGCUACUGCAGGUCAUCCGGAAAAUACAGUACUUCAAUCAUCAUCUGUUAUGUUGUCACCUUAUUCCGAUCAUCACAACGGUAUUGGAUGUAGUCCACCCCAAAUGGUGACAGCGAUGCAGGCUGGUUGGUUGUUUUCAGCCAAUCAGUCAUCUCAUCAACAAUAUGAGGAAGGAUUAUUUUACGGAACAGGAAUGUUACCUUUUGCAUAUGAUCAGAGGACGUUAAGGCCUUCAUAUUCUCAGUCGCAUAUGCCUCAUGUACAGCAACCACCUACCGCUUAUUAUAAUGUAUAG